AUGUUCUUUUACCUCUCUCCCUUUCCUUUAGGCUGCCCCUAUUUCUUUCUCUCCAUUAACCUCCUGUUUCUCUCUUUAUUUACACUCUCACCUUUCUUUUCACUUCAUUCUCCUUGCCCCUCUCUCUAUAUUCUUUUACCUCUCUACCCUUCCUUUAGCCCGCCCCCUAUUUCUUUCUCCAUUAACCUCCUGUUUCUCUCUUUAGUUAACACUCUCACUUUUCUUUUCACUUCAUUCUCCUUGCCCCUCUCUCUAUAUUCUUUUACCUCUCUCCCCUUCUUAACACUCUCACUUUUCUUUUCACUUCAUUCUCCUUGCCCCUCUCUCUAUGUUCUUUUACCUCUCUCCCUUUCCUUUAGGCCUCCCCCUAUUUCUUUCUCCAUUAACCUCCUGUUUCUCUCUUUAGUUAACACUCUCACUUUUCUUUUCACUUCAUUCUCCUUGCCCCUCUCUCUAUAUUCUUUUUACCUAUCUCCCCUUCCUUUAGCCUCCCCUAUUUCUUUCUCUACCUCCUGUUUCUUCUUUUUACUCUCCUUUCUUUUCUUCCCUUUUCUAUUUAACAUUCUCACCUUUCCCCUAUUUCUUUCUCCAUUAACCUCCUGUUUCUCUCUUUCUUUACACUCUCACUUUUUUUUCAUUCUCCUUCACUCUCUAUAUUCUUUUACCACUUCCUUUAGCCCUCCCCUAUUUCUUUUCUCCAUUAACCUCCUGUUUCUCUCUUUAGUUAACCUCUCACUUUUCUUUUCACUUCAUUCUUUUGCCCCUCUCUAUGUUCUUUUACCUCUCUCCCCUUCCUUUAGCCCACCCCUAUUUUCUUUCUCCAUUAACCUCCUGUUUCUCUCUUUAGUUAACAUUCUCACCUUUUCUUUUCACUUCAUUCUCCUUGCCCUCUCUAUGUUCUUUUACCUCUCUCUCCCUUCCUUUAGCCCGCCCCUAUUUCUUUUCUCCAUUAACCUCCUGUUUCUCUCUUUAGUUUACACUCUCACCUUUUUUUUCACUUCAUUCUCCUUGCCCCUCUCUCUAUUUAACACUCUCCUUUUCUUUUCACUUCAUUCUCCUUGCCCCUCUCUCUAUGUUCUUUUUACCUCUCUACCCCUUCCUUUAGCCCCUCCCCCUCCAUUUCUUUUCUCCAUUAACCUCUUGUUUCUCUCUUUAUUCUUUUUACCUCUCUCACUUUUCUUUUCACCUUCAUUCUCUCUUGUCCCUCCCUUUUCUCUCUAUGUUCUUUUAUCUCCCCCCCUUCCUUUAGCCCUCCCCCUAUUUCUUUCUCCAUUAACCUCCUGUUUUCUCUCUUUACCGCCCCCUAUUUCUUUCUCCAUUAACCUCCUGUUUCUCUCUUUCUUUUGUUACUCUCACUUUUUCUUUUCACUUCAUUCUCCUUGCCCCUCUCUCUAUGCCUCCCCUAUUUCUUUCUCCAUUAACCUCCUGUUUCUCUCUUUAUUAACACUCUCCUUUUUUUCUUCAUUCUCCUUGCCCCUCUCUCUAUGUUCUUUUACCUCUCUCCCUUCCUUUUCCUUUUCUUUCUCCAUUAACCUCCUGCCUCCCCCUAUUUCUUUCUCCAUUAACCUCCUGUUUCUCUCUUUACAUUCUCACCUUUUCUUUUCACUCAUUCUCCUUGCCCCUUUUCUUUUUUCUCACUCCCCAUUUCUUUCUCCAUUAACCUCCCUCUCUUUCUUAACACUCUCACUUUUCUUUUUUACCUCUCUCCCUUUCCUAUUUCUCCUUUUUAGGCCUCCCCCUAUUUCUUUUUCUCCAUUAACCUCCUGCCCUCCCCCUAUUUCUUUCUCCAUUAACCUCCUGUUUCUCUCUUUAGUUAACAUUUCUCACUUUUCUUUUCACUUCAUUCUCCUUGCCCCCUCUCUAUGUUCUUUUACCUCUCUCCCUUCCUUUAGCCCUCCCCUAUUUCUUUUCUCCAUUAACCUCCUGUUUCUCUCUUUACCUCCCCUAUUUCUUUCUCCAUUAACCUCCUGUUUUUCUCUCUUUAGUUUCUCUUUUCUUUUCUUCAUUCUCCUUGCCCCUCUCUCUAUGUUCUUUUUCCUUUCCUUUAGGCCUCCCCUAUUUCUUUCUCCAUUAACCUCCUGUUUUCUCUUUGUUAACACUCUCACUUUUCUUUUCACUUCAUUUCUCUCUAUAUUCUUUACCUCUCCCUUUCCUUUAGGCCUUUUCCCCUAUUUCUUUCUCCAUUAA